AUGACCGACGUUGCUGAGCAGACCGCUGCCCCCGCUGCCGCUGCAGAUGCCGCCUCCACAGAGCUAGUGACGACGUCGGCCGACGGCGCCGAAAAAGUCGUCAUCACCACCAACGCCGAGGGCAAGAGAGUGAAGAAGAUCAUCCGCAAGAAGCGCAGGCCCGCCCGUCCCCAGGUCGACCCCAGCACCUUCAAGUCCGAGCCCCCGCCCCAGACCGGCACUAUCUUCAACAUCUGGUACAACAAGUGGAGUGGCGGUGACCGCGAGGACAAGUACCUCUCCAAGCAUGCUGCGCCGUCGCGCUGCAACGUCGCCCGCGACAGUGGUUACACGCGCGCUGACAGCGUGCCGGGGAGCUAUUUUUGCCUCUUCUUUGCCCGUGGGCUGUGUCCCAAAGGCGCUGACUGCGAUUACCUGCACCGCCUCCCCACCAUCCACGACAUGUUCAACCCAAACGUGGACUGCUUUGGCCGAGACAAGCAUGCGGAUUACCGUGAUGACAUGGGAGGUGUCGGAAGUUUCAUGAGGCAGAACAGGACUCUUUACGUUGGCCGCAUCCAUGUCACCGACGACAUAGAGGAAAUUGUCGCCCGCCAUUUCCAGGAGUGGGGCCAGAUUGACAGGAUACGCGUUCUCAACACCCGCGGCGUCGCCUUCGUGACAUACACCAACGAAGCAAACUCACAGUUCGCGAAGGAGGCUAUGGCCCACCAAGCUCUGGAUCACAGUGAAAUUCUCAACGUACGCUGGGCCACUGUUGACCCGAAUCCGCAGGCUCAGAAGCGGGAGGCCCGUCGCAUUGAAGAACAAGCCGCUGAAGCCAUCCGUCGCGCCCUGCCCGCCGAUUACGUCGCUGAGAUCGAAGGCCGUGACCCGGAUUCAAAGAAGCGCAGGAAGAUCGAGGGAAGCUUUGGUUUGCAGGGAUAUGAUGCCCCGGACGAUGUGUGGUACGCCAAGGAAAAGGCCGCGCAGUUGGAAGCGGCGCAAAAUGGAGGUCUUUUGGAUGCGCCAGAGGAACAAAGACUGCUCGAAGCAGCAGCUGAUCAGGAGGAGGAAGUCAAUCAGCGGCAACAACAGCAAGUCCCAGAGGAAGACGGUGGUAUCUUCUCUGGGUCCACGCUAGCCAUGCUGAAGACCUCGGGCGUCACUUUCACAUCCGGAAAGAAGGAUGAAGAUCGUCCCAAAGGUCCGCUUGUCGGUUAUGGAAGCGACGAUGACAGCGAUUGA